AAUUUUAUUUAUUGCGCUCAGGGUGUUUAAUUUGCAAAACGAAUCACGAUGGACGACGCCGAGUUUGCUGAGGAAUUGGAGGAGGAUAUGAACGCUGAAGAUGAGUUGGAUCCGAAUAAUCCGGAUGAUGCGUUUGCGAUCGUCGAAAGAGAUUACACCAAGAUUUGCGCCGAGUUGGAGGAGGAUCAAGAGAUGGUGCGAUUCGCGGACGAAUUCACCAAGCUCUUCGAUUACAUGUACAAGACUCGAGAGGAUUACGUGCAGCUGCAGGAUGCACACGCUCAGCUGGAGCUAGAGGCGUUGGAUAAUAGCGAUCGUCUGCAGACCAGCAUGAAAGUCAUCAAGAACGAUACGGCGACGAUUAAAACGCUGAAGGAGGAGGUGGACAAUUCGCACAAGCUGAUUGAUAACGCACACGCUAGAGAACAGGCCGCCCAGGAGAUCAUCGACAAUUUGCGAAAGCAGAUUGCGAAUUUGAAUGCGGAAAUCGAUUUCAAGAAUAAGAUGGCCCAGGGCGAGAUGGAAGAGAAUCCGCAGUUGACGAAGCACAGGGAGGGUUUGGAGAGGGAGAAAGCUAAGCUGAUGUCGGAGGUGUCAAAGUUGAACGAAAAGUUGAACAACGCCCUGGCCUACCAGGAUGAACUGGAGAGGCGCACCUCGCAAGCCGACUUGACUAUUAACGAGAUCAACGGGCAAUUGGAGGAAACUUCGGCGGAGGUGGAUAGGUACAAGAGGCACAAGGAGCGUCUGGAGACGGAGCUGGAGGAGUCUCAGAUGGAGUCGAUGAACCGGCAGGAGGAGAUAGACAGUCUGAACGAUACGAUCGUGACGAAUCAGCGGUUGCUCGGAAAGUUCGAGUUGCACCUGAAGGAGCAGCAGGCGGCGUCUUUGAAGUGCUUCAAAGAGUUGGAGGGAUGGAACGCCAAGUACAGCAAGAUGCAGGACGAGUUGGACGCUCUCAACUACACUUACGAGUCGCUGAAGAAGGAGCACGCGAACACCGUGCACGAUCUGAAGGCGAAAGACGAGGAGCGCAACCAUCUCUCCAUCGAUCUCGCCAAAUUGACGAAGAGCAAGGAGCAGGCGGACAACCGCACCAAGCACAUGGAGAAGGAGAAGUACGAUAUCAUCGAGGAUCGCAACAAGCUGCGACAGGUCAUCGCCGAAAUGGAGAUGGAUUUGCAGGGACGCAAAAGGCAGGCGGAUUCGGAUAAGAGGAAUAUCGAGAAUCUGAGCAGGGAAAAGGAAAUCCUGAAUAAGAAUUUGAUGCGGCAGCAAGCGGUCGGAAGGGAUCACAUCAAGCUGAUCAAGGUGCAGGAGCAGGCGAAGAGGAAGCUCGAAUCGGACAUCGACAAUCACGUGAUCGAGACGCGAAAGCAGAACAAGCAGAUCUCGUAUUUGGAGAAGGAACGCGAUCGAUUGCUCGAGGAGGAGUUGGAUCUGACGAAGAAGAUCGAGGAUACGCUGGACGAGGUGAAGCUGAAGAAGAACCAAAUAUACGAGCUGAAGAAGACGCAGGCGGAGAACGAGAACAAGCUGCGGAUGCAGCAGAAUAUGUUCGACGCGGUACGCGCCGACAAGAACGCGCUGCAAAAGUCGCUGCAGGAGGCGAACGCCGAGGGGCACGAGCUCAAGAGUAAGCUGAAGACGAACAUGCAUCAGACCGAGCAGCUGAAGGAAGAUAUUUCGAUGAAGGAGCAGCUGCUGAUCAAAGAGGAGACGAUCCUCAGGAAGAUCACCAAGGAGAAGGAGAACAUGAAGAUCGAGCUGAACAUUUGCUGGGAUCAGAUAAGGAGUUUGCGCGAGGAGAUCGUGGAACGAAAGGACGAGGAGAAGCGUCUCCAUAAAGUCAUCGUGACAAGCGAUAGGAUGAUUCGUGAUCAAGGGAAAACCAUAACGCAACUGAUGAACGAACGGGACGUGCUGGGAUCUCAACUGGUUCGCCGCAACGACGAGCUGUCGUUGCUGUACGAGAAAAUCAAGAUCCUGCAGACUACGCUGCACAGGGGCGAAGCGCAGUACGAUCAGAGAUUGCAGGAUAUAAAACUGCUGAAGGUCGAGAUAAAGCGGUUGCGACAGGAGAAGAGUCUACUCACCAAGAGCAUCAACAACAUGACGGAUCUGCAGCAGGAGGUGUUCCAUCUGGAGAGGGAUCUGACCAAGGAGCGGCUGAAGACCAAAGCGCUGGAGGACGAGCUGCAGAAUCCCAUGAACGUGCACAGGUGGAGGAAGCUGGAGGGCUCCGAUCCGGAGGUCUUUGAUUUGCUGCAAAAAAUAACGCUGCUUCAAAAGCGACUGUUGAAUCAGUCGAGCCAAGCGGUCGAAAAGGAGACUCAGCUGAAGGAGGCCGAACAGCUGUACAUGAAUCUCAGGCAGGUGGUCAGCAAACAGCCGGGGCCCGAGAUCAAGACGCAACUGAUGAAGACGCAGCGAUCUCUGAACUCGCACAUCAACAAGAUGAAAUGCUUGGUGUCCGAAUUGAAUAUGACGGAGGCGCAGGCCAACAGCUACAAAUUGGAUUUGGAUAAGGUGUCCGACGAGCUGGUGGACACCAGGAAGAAGUUGGUGCAGGAACGGAAGCAGCACGCCAGAGAGCUGGAAGGGUUGCGUUCGAAAAUAGGCAACCCAACGGACGCCGCCCAGCAGCAGCAGCAGCAGAUGAAAUUCGUUGGUGGUGGUUUUCGAGUUUCCCUGUCCUCCGGCGAGUACUAGUACUGUCGCCGUUCGAUUUCGAUUUCCUGUAUUGACCAGAGCUACGAGUUAAGAUGUCGUCGAAGGUGCUGGAGGUUUGCGUGGACAGUUUCGAGUCGGCGAUGGCCGCGAUCCUCGGUGGUGCAUCCAGGUUGGAG